AUGUCGGCCAUGGAAGCUUCCCACGGACACAGCAAGCCUUGCUGCAACAUCCCUCCCGUCGUCAGCAAGGGCUACCAGGCCAAAGGCUCCUAUGUAGAUAUCGGCGGUUAUAACACCUACGUGACCGGCCCCCAGGACGCCGACAAGGCCAUUGUGGUCAUCAUGGACAUUUUCGGCUUCUUUGAGCAGACGCUCCAGGGCGCAGACAUCCUCGCCACGAGUAACGAGAAGCAAAAGUUCAAGGUGUACAUCCCCGACUGGUUCAAGGGCAAGCCUUGCCCUAUUGACAUCUACCCCCCUGACAACGACGACAAGAAGAAACAGCUGGGCGAGUUCUUCGAGACCUUCCCCCCACCUAAGAUCGCCGACCAGGUCCCCGGCUACGUCGACGCCAUCAAGUCCAAGGACUCCAUCUCCAAGUUUGGCAUACUGGGUUUCUGCUGGGGCGGCAAGGUCGCAGCCCUCGCCACCAAGGCGUCCACCAACCCCUUCACCGUCGCCGGCUGCGCCCACCCCGCCAUGGUCGACCCUGCCGACGCCGAGGGCAUCAAGGUCCCCUUUGUCAUGCUCGCCUCGGGCGACGAGCCGGCCGACGACGUGAAGAAGUUUGAGACGGCGCUGGGCCAGACGACGAAGCACGUUGAGAUCUUUGGGGACCAGAUCCACGGAUGGAUGGCGGCGCGCGCGGACCUGAGUGACGACAAGGUCAAGAAGGAGUAUGAGCGCGGAUACAAGACUGUCUGCCAAUUCUUCUGUGACAACAUUUGA